AUGCUGUUGAGCGAGUUCACUGCGGACUUGGAAGCUCGAGAUGAGGCGGGAAAUACGCCACUUCUGGCUGCGUGUUUCCAAGGCAAUUUCGAGUGCGUCAAGUUUCUACUUCAGAGUGCUGUUAGUCUCCAGGCAGCGAACGAGAAUGGCGACUCUGCUCUUCAUCUAGCAGCGUGGGAUGGCAGUAUUUCGUGUGUUAUCAUACUACUCAACUAUGGAGCCGACCCAAUGGCGACCAACCGAUUCGGCCUCACUGCUCUUUCAAACAUGAAGACUCGAUCGCCAAUGCGACACAAGUUUGAUGACAUGCCGGAAGAUCAUCCCAUGCGCAGAACUCUGGUGAUUCUGGAGGAGGCUGAACGACAUAGACUGCAGGUAAAUGAAUGGCAUUUUGAAGGCACUCUGAAACUUUAUUUAUGA